AUGAGGGGCCCUGCCAGGUCCCCCCCGCGCCAUCGCCGUGAUGGCCGGGGCACCGGGGCGGCCGCCGGCAGCACCGGGGACAGGCAGGGACCCGUCCCAGCGAUCCCCGCCCCGGCAGCGGCGCCCGAGGCGUCCCCGUGUGGGACGGGGACACCGACACGGUCGGCACCGGGGACGUGGCACCACGAAGCGCCGCAGCUGCACCGGCAGCCCCAGGGCCACGGUGGAGGACGGGGCAAGGAGCUUCGGCAGCACCCCCGGGGUGGGCUGUCACCGCCACCCAUGAGAACCGCCAGGCCCGGCCCCUUGGGGUGGGAGGGGGCGCGCACCGAGGACACGGAGGUCCCUGCUGUGGCCGAGAAACGAGGGACGGUCUGUACUGGCGAACUGGGAGGUCCCGGGGCAGCCCUGGUUGUGGUGCUGGAGGAUGCCGGGCAGGGGGGCUGCUCGGGCCGGGGCUGCCGCCUGCAGACCCCCGUGGGCAUGGGGCGGGCCCUGGCGCAAGCAGGCGCCGGGGUGCCCAGGAAGCCGUCUCCGCCCCACCAGUCCCUGUCCCGGGGCCGUGACCCGCCCGGGAGCCGCCGGGAACCCACCCGCGGGGCCGCCGCGUCGCUGUCGCGAUGUCGUCGGAAGAGCCGGCACAGCCCGUGCCGCUCUCCGCUGCCGUUACCGUCCGCCGACGGCGCCGGGCUGGGCUCUGUCACCGGGAAAGGCGGGGCGGGGAACAGGGGUCUGUCCCAGGGAACGGCGUGCCGGGAACCGGGGGGACGCUUCGUGCGCCCCGGGAAGAGCGGCUGGAAGCGCCGACGGGGCUGCGGAGGGAGCGCGGAUGAGAAAAGGCUCCGCGCUGCUGCCCGAUGCGGCAGCGGCUCCGGUGGGGCGGGUGGGGUGGCCGGCGGACGCCGGGUACGGAGCACGUCGGUGCACGGGGGACGUGCGGGGGACGUGCGGGGCGCGGGCGCUCGGGAACCGACGGGCCCGUCCGCUCGUCCCGGAGCCGGGGCGGCGGGAGCGGGGUCCCGGGGCGGGGGCGGGGCCCCGAGCUGUCAAUCACGGGGCGCGGCCGCCAAUCAGGGCGCAGGCGGUGGGAGUUCGGCCGGUCCGGAUGGAGCGGGGCAGAAAAGCGCGUCCCGCCAGGGCCCGCAGCCCACCCGCGCUCCCGCCCCGGGGCCGCCAGCGGCUGCGAGCCAUGCCCCGCACCCUGCCCCGGGCCCGCACCCGCACCCGGCACCUGCCCCGCACCUUGCUCCGGGCCCGGAGCACCUUGCACCGCGUCCUGCCCCGCACCGGGCGCUCCGCGCCCGUCGCCGCCGUCGCCCCCCGCCGCCCCCCGGCCAUGCCCGCGCCUCGCCGGCUCUGAGCGCGGCCGGAAUGGAGCGGGAGGGCGGCGGCCCGGGGCCCCCCGCGCCCCACGAGCCCAUCAGCUUCGGCAUCGACCAGAUCCUGGGCGGCCCCGAGCCCACGGGGCCGCACCGGGCGGCGGCAGAGCCCGACUACGGGCUCUACGGCAGCGGCUACGGCCCCACCGGUCCGCUCGGUUCCUACAACCUCAACAUGAGCAUGAACGUGAGCGUGAACGUGACCCCCGCGCCCGCCGCGCCGCCCGCCGGAGUCAUCCGCGUCCCGGCGCACCGGCCCGCGCCCGCCCCGCCGCCCGCCGCGCCCGCCGCGCCGCCGCCGGGGCCCGCGCUACCGGGGCUCACCUUCCCCUGGAUGGAGACCACGCGCCGCAUCGCCAAGGACCGGCUCUCAGCCGCGCUGUCGCCCUUUGCGGUGACGCGGCGCAUCGGGCACCCGUACCAGAACCGGACGCCGCCCAAGCGCAAGAAGCCACGGACGUCCUUCUCCCGGGUGCAGAUCUGCGAGCUGGAGAAGCGCUUCCACCGGCAGAAGUACCUGGCCUCGGCCGAGCGUGCCACCCUGGCCAAGGCCCUCAAGAUGACGGACGCCCAGGUCAAGACCUGGUUCCAGAACCGCCGCACCAAGUGGAGGCGUCAGACGGCGGAGGAGCGCGAGGCAGAGCGGCAGCAGGCCAACAGGCUGAUGCUGCACCUGCAGCAGGAGGCUUUCCAGAAGAGCCUGGCACAGCCGCUGCCGCAGGACCCGCUCUGCAUGCACAACUCCUCGCUCUACGCCCUGCAAAACCUCCAGCCCUGGGCCGAGGACAACAAGCCCCCCGCCGUGGACUCGGGGUGCCCCCAGUGCCGAUGGAUUGCACCAGUCCUUGACUCCCCCGGGACUGCCAUCACCUCCCAAAGACUGAGCCUUGGUGUGACCCACAGGACACUCGUGGGGUGCGGAGGGGCUGAAUCCCCCUUCUUCUGGCAAAUCUCUGCACCCCCUCCCCAGUGACCCCCUAAGUGGGGGU